UAGACAGGGAACGUACUGAAGCAGCUAGCUUCUUGUGACCAAUUUCUGUUAUGUUUAAAUAAGUUUUGCGUCGAUCAAAAUUUUAUCUGUAGUCAUGUGAAGCAAUGUGACAACUAAGUUAAAAAUUUUAUAUUAUUUAUUGGUUAACUAUGAACGGAUGAAUAUUCAUACCAAAUUAAUUUUUCCUUGCGACGCAUACACUACGAGUGGCCUUGUGCAAUAAUUGCUACGUUUUUGCGCAGCAAUAUGAGGAGCAGCAAAGGUUUCAAGUGUUUAUUAAGAGCCCAAACUUUGUCAUUCAGUAAAGCUCUUCAUCGCGGGCUUAGUAAUCAAAUUCCGACCGGUGAAAGAUAUAAAAAAAAUUCGAAUUUAUUCAUAAAUUGUUUCUGGUGUCAAAGCCAGUCUCUCCGCAAAUUCCAAUUAGUUGAAACACAGCACCGGAGUCUUCAUUUGCGCUUCAACGAAGGAAAAGGUUUUAACUUGACAAGAGAUGCAGUUUCCCCUAUUGCUGAGAGUCAGGGAGACAAGCUUGCGCUGAUAUUAUCGGACGGCAGGAGCAAGCGACACGAGAUCAGCUACAGGAAACUCUUGGACGACUCCACCGCCCUCGCGACCGCCCUCAGCAGCGCUUCGCUGGCGUCCCUUGGCGCCUGUUGGCCUGAGGGCGCACGACGACCGCGCCUCGCGCUGGUGGUGCUGCCCAAGAUCGUCGAGUGGUGGCAAGUCAACCUCGCCGCUUACUGGUGCGGUAUGACUAUUUCUGUGGGUACGCAGCUACUGAAGAGACGUGACCUCGAGUACCGCUUGGCGCAGAGCGGCGCAGACUGCGUCUUCUGCGGACCUGACCUGCUGGAGGCCGUGGACGGCUGGGUACGCUACGAGGAACUGCUCAACGCCAAAUUCGCUCGUCCAGCAAUUGCCUGUCACCUCACGCAGCCUGAUGACGUCUGCCAUAUUUUCUUCACUUCAGGAACUACUGGAUACCCAAAGAUGGUCCCUCAUGAGCAUUUCAGCUACGCCAGAGGCCACCAAGCUACCGUCAGGUGGCUAGAUUUAGGUCCAGACGAUGUUUUCUGGAACGUGGCAGACACGGGCUGGGCCAAAUCCAUCUGGUCCGGUCUAUAUGCCCCUCUCAUGGCGGGAGCCUCUUCAUUUGUACACCAAAUGGAGAGGUUUGAUCCUGUAGAAACUGUAGCGACUCUACAACGCGAGCCGAUCAGCGUGCUAUGCGCUCCACCGGCCGCGUACAGGGCGCUAGUGCAGCUGCCGCUCGAGAGCUGCACGUUCAAAAGUCUUCGUCAUUGCGUGAGUGGGGGCGAGCCUCUCAACCCCAGCGUCCUGAAGACUUGGACCAAGAAAACUGGCCUUAAUAUCUACGAGGGUUACGGCCAGAGUGAAACAACAUUGAUGUGCUGCACGCUGCCCGGCAUGACAAUCAAGCCUGGCUCUAUGGGGCAACCAGUUCCUGGCUACGACAUCAGGGUCAUCAAUGAAGAUCUUGAAGAGGAGGCGACUGGUGUCGAGGGCCAGGUCGCGGUCAAGAUUAAACCCAGACAUCCAGACGGCCUCUUCACCGGCUACCUCGGCAACCCCGAGAAAACAGCGCAGGCGUUCCGAGGUUCCUUCUACCUCACCGGCGACCGCGGAUACGUUGACGAGGACGGAUACCUGUGGUUCGUUGCCAGGGAUGAUGACGUCAUCAUUACUUCUGGGUACCGCGUGGGGCCGUUCGAGGUGGAAUCUGUGCUGCUCGAGCACCGCAGCGUCUCGGAGGCUGCCGUCGUCGGCGUGCCGGACUACCAACGUGGCCACAUCGUGAAAGCCUUCAUCGUUUUGUCGGAAGAAGCGGCGCAAGGAAUUCAAGAUGAGGGAGGAGCGGAGCGUCUAAUGCAGGAGCUUCAAGAACACGUGAGGCAGAACACAGCUCCGUACAAAUACCCCAGGCAGAUCGAGUUCGUGAGGAGUCUGCCUAAAACUGUGAGCGGCAAAAUCCGAAGAGUUGAACUUCGCAAAAUCGAAGAAAAUCGAAAACAAAAGUGAAUGGAGUGAGUGGUGAGAAGCAUUCUGAUUAAAAUUGUAUUUCUACGGCAAUAAAACUUGAGUUUGCGUAACCAAUAUGUACGCACACCAGCUAAAUUAUGAUCCCGAAACAUAAAGAUUUAAUGUAAGUUUUAUUGCAGACGAGAAAAUUACACUCAAUAUCAUUGACAUUGAAUGUAUAUGCGUGAGUAUGUUUGGAGGCUGGCACGGAAAAUAUAUAGGGGCUUUUGGAGCCUGUGAUCCUGAAUACGUAUAGUAUCAGAAUAUUAGCUGAGAAUUUCAUUCACAACGAUUGAUCGUGGCAGCAAUAAACGAUGAAGAGAGUUGGAUUCCAAACUAUAAUAUAAUUUUUACCUCGUGGCGAAAAUUUUAUUCGAAGAUAAUGAGAGCAUCGAAAGCUUAGCUCUGUCGCCGAUUCUUAACAUCGCAGAACAUUAAUUUACAGCUUGUUGCGGUCUCGAACAGGCAGCUCACUGCUCCAAUUUUGCUGUGCUUAGCCGCCCGAUCACCUCGCUGGUUCUGACAAGGACUUACGCACAGAGCUGGGGUCGAACUCUAAUCUCUCUGCUUCAAUCUCGAUACUCUAAUCUGAAAUAAAAAGUGUAGCAUCUUCAUUCCAAAACGUUGAUGUUUUACAUCUUUCCACCAUCGGCUUCACUCCACUCAUUGUCAUCUGUUCUGUUGGUCAAUACACACUAUAGUUGUAGUUUAUCGGUGGUGGAAAAAUUCAAAUUCACACUUCAUAAAAAUGAAAAUAAUCAGCUAUCGGGCCAAUCACUGUUAUAGCCAAAUUAUUUAUUCCAGGUCAUGUCAUAUAUUUGGUCAUUUAACAUCGACGCCGUGACCAAGCUCAUGAAACAAAAAUCUGACUUGUGCAAUAUAAUAAUCAAUUUUAAGAAGAAACGUUUGAAACGAAAAAUAAUUGACCAUCCCCAAAGUUAACUUCAUGUUUUCCAUUUCAUGUAAGGCGAUUGAAACUUUAGAGCCCCUAUAGAGAUUAAAAAAUUGUUCCACUUUACAACCUGAAACACCAAAUGGUAGCCGAGUUAAUAUUAUAGUUUCAAAUGAAACAAUCGAGUUCUCUCCACAAUACCCAAUAUUGUAUUUACGCCAUUUCAAAUGCCUACGUUAUGU